AAUCUAACAACAAAACCACACAUAUAAUAAAAAUCGAUCCAUGGACAAAGAUGAAGGAGGAGAGGUCAAGUACCGUGGGGUACGGAAGCGGCCGUGGGGGAAGUUCGCGGCAGAGAUACGGGACUCCAAUAGGCAAGGGGCGCGCGUGUGGCUCGGGACUUUUGAUACGGCAGAAGAGGCUGCUAGGGCUUAUGAUAGGUCUGCCUAUGCCAUGAGAGGUCACUUGGCUGUACUCAAUUUCCCUGAGGAGUACCCUUUAGGGACUCGAAGAGGCUCUUCGACUUCUGCAGCCGGUUCUUCUUCAUCAUCUGGACGUGGGAGGGAAGUCAUUGAGUUUGAGUACUUGGAUGAUAAGGUCUUAGAUGAAUUGCUUGAAGAAGAGGAGAAGAAAAGUAAGAGAAACUGAAUUUUCCCCUAAUGUUAUUGUCAUGUUGCGCAGGGGGGGACUCUUGUAACUGCUAAUAAUUGAUCGAGACUUAAUUAGAAGAUCAAAUGCGGUUGUCUGUAUAUGUAAAGCUCUUUGCCUCCAAUUCGAUCCAGAUCGAACUGGGGUAAAGAUUUUAGAUGAAUUGCUUGAAGAGGAAGAGAAAAA